AUGGCGUUUGAGGAGUCUGCCGUCUUCAACCGCGUCCUUGCAGCGGCGUUGGUAGGGGAUGAGGUGGCGGUGAGUUACCUUGCUAGCUCUGGUCAUGGUGGUCCUCGAUUCGAGCACAAUCUGGUGGCGCCUUCUUUUAUUCAAGUUGGUGGUGCUCAAUCCAUGGGUGGCCCCCUCGAUGUGAGCUCCCUCGUGGCUAGUAUAGGCAUGACUCCGGUGGGAUUUCAAAUGCCAGAGGGGGCUAUUACGACCUCCAGCUACAACGCUCUUGGUGGCAUUCCGAUUGAUGCUGCAGUGGCUCCACAACCGGAAAUCGAAAACGAUGGCAAGCCAGCACCCUUCAAGGGAACAUGGACAGAGGAAGAGGAUAGCAUUCUGAAGGAUAUGGUAAUGCAACUUGGGGAGCGCAGUUGGUCGGUGAUAGCACAAUCUUUGCCCGGUCGGAUUGGCAAACAGUGCCGUGAGCGAUGGAUCAACCAUUUGCAUCCUGACAUUAAGCAAAACGACAUAUGGACGGAGGAGGACGACAAGAUCCUUAUUGGAGCUCACAAAAACUUUGGAAAUCGCUGGUCAUCAAUAGCAAGGUUCCUCCCAGGCCGGUCAGAGAACGCCAUCAAGAAUCAUUGGAACGCAACCAAGCGCAGCCUGAAGUCGAACCGCCGCUUGAAGAAGAAGAAGAGCGAACAGGUGCCGCCCGGUCAGUUUUCCAUCCUGGAGGAGUACAUCCGCACCGUGUCCCCGCCCUCCGAGUCUGUAGCACCGCCGCCGCCGAUGUCACCGCCGCCCCAAGGCCUCGCAUACAACGGGCCCGUGGUCGGUCCCGAGGCUGUCCACUCACCGGCGCCCCAGAUGGAGAUGAACUUCAACGCCGCCAACCCGUCCGGGCCGCCAUCUCCCCACCUGCAGGGGAUGAUCAAUCACAACAUGCCACUGCUGCCAGACCUGAACAUCAGCUGUGAUCCGCAGGAGGCGUACCACAUGAGCUAUCCUAUGCGCGCUCCCGCGCCGGUGCCGCCCCUUCAGAUGGUUACUCAAGACCCUCAUCAAGCCUCCUUCAGUUGGCUCCCGUUUGCUGAAUACCUCACGGAACCGAACCCAGGGCUUGCAGCUGGUCCCUCGUACUACACUGGUGGAUACUACAGUAAUGCCGGCGCAAACGGCUACUACAGUGAAGCAGGGCCUAGCAACGCCGGCGCAAACAGCUACUACAGUGAAGCAGGGCCAAGCAACGCCUGUGCAGACGGCUACUACAGUGAAGCAGGGCCUAGCAAUGCCGGUGGCAGUGGCGGCGAACCAGCUGGUGACACUGACAACAUCGCUGAGCUGGUGUCGUCGGAGGAAUUCUUCUCCAAUGACGACGUGAAUCUUGAUUUCACCAGGUUCGGGUGA